AUGGCAGAACACCACUCCGAGUUCACGCAACUCCACGCUGAUGUCGAGGAAACGAGACGCGCCUCCGUAAUCUCGGAGAAAAUACUGGAGAAGCCUGCCUUACCUGCAGUGACGACCACCAACAGUGUCGAACAAUCUGAUUUCAAUGAGAAGGCCGACAUAGAAACCCCGGUUGGCGGACAGCCUACAGUCUACGAGAGAUUGAAUCUACGCCACGUCGGCGAGAGCCUUCCAGCCUCCGUUUUUCUGGUCGCCGUCAUCGAGCUUUGCGAACGCUUCACCUAUUAUGGUUGCCAGGGUAUCUUCCAGAACUAUGUCCAAAAUCCUCCGGAUGGGAGCCUGGGCCCUGGUGGCCUCGGUAUGGGCCACGAAGGAGCUACCGGUCUCACAACCUUCUAUUCGUUCUGGUGCUAUGUGACACCCCUGCUCGGAGGUCUCAUCGCUGAUCAAUACCUGGGAAAAUACAAGACCAUUAUCGUCUUUGCCAGUAUCUACUUUGUCGGUCUUCUCAUUCUCGUCCUGACUUCAAUCCCCGUCUCUUUGCACAAUGGCGCUGGCCUUGGUGGCUACAUUACUUCCAUCCUUCUCACCGGCCUCGGUACCGGAGGUAUCAAGGCGAACGUCGCUCCUCUGAUCGCUGAGCAAUACACCCGAAGACAUAUGGAGGUUGCUGUGACCCCAAAGGGUGAAAGAGUCGUCAUCGACCCCUAUGUCACGAUUCAGCGGAUCUACAUGAUCUUCUACUGGACCAUCAAUAUCGGCGCGCUCUCUCUCCUGGCGACGCCUUACAUGGAGAGAGAUGUCGGCUUCUAUUCUGCCUUCACUCUCUGCACUUGCAUGUUUGCAGUUGGCAUCACGGUUCUGGUGCUCGGUCGUAAGACAUAUGUGGACAGACCUCCUCAAGGCAGCGUCGUCACCGACGCGUUCAAGGCCGUCGGCUUGAUGAUCAGAUAUCGCAGCAUGGAUGCCCCAAAGCAGUCGUUCCUCCGCGAAAGGGGAAGCAACAAGACGGUCACCUGGGACGAUUCCUUUAUCGAUGAGGUAAAGCGCGCCCUUACCGCCUGUAAGGUAUUCACGCUCUACCCCAUCUACUGGGUCGUAUACGGCCAAUUCUCGAACAACUUUGUCACCCAAGCGCUUCAGAUGAGGGGUCACGGCAUACCGAACGAUCUUAUGCAAAACUUCGAUCCCAUUUCUAUCAUCGUUUUCGUUCCGAUUUUGGAUCGUCUGGUCUACCCGAUGCUGCGCAAGCGCCGCAUCGCAUUCAAGCCCAUCAGCCGGAUCGUUACGGGCUUCACUGUCGCCGCGCUUGCCAUGAUGUACGCUGCAAUCAUCCAGCAUGUCAUCUAUUCCCGAGGACCAUGUUACGGACAUCCGCUGUGCGACGCCUCCAUCGUCGAUGGGACGGCGCAGGGCAACAACAUCCACAUUGCCGUUCAAACUCCAGCUUACAUGUUUAUUGGUAUUUCCGAGAUCUUUGCUUCGGCGACAGGCUAUGAAUAUGCAUACACCAAAGCACCACCUCGCAUGAAGUCCUUCGUGCAGUCGCUCUUCUUGCUCACCAACGCUCUUGGUUCGGCAAUCGGAGAGGCAUUUGUCCCUGCGGCGUUCGAUCCAGCUAUCAUGUGGUUGUACGUUGGUCUCUGCAUCGGAACUUUCUGCGUCGCAAUCCUCAUCUGGGUCUUGUUCCACCAUCUUAAUGACAAGGAGGAAGAAAUGAACUACAUCGAAGACGAUGUCCUACCCAUCGACGCGAAACGCAGAGAGUCGCAUAUCACGGCUUGA